CGGUAGCGGCAGGAGAAGGAGAAGGAGAAGAGAGAAUGAGAACGAGAUCGAUGCAUGCCCGUGGGCGUGAGCGUGAAUCGCUAAAAUUGAAGAUGAGGAGUAUGGUGGCUCGGCACGAACAAAUGAAGCGCGCAUUCACGGAGCUCAAGUCUCAGAUCAGUAUCGGUUUGCUUGAAGCUGAAGACGUCUUCGCCUCUUUAGCCAUUCCUUUGAUGAAGCUCGUUGGUCUCAAAACCAUGGAGAUGGCCAAUGAAGGCCAUUUCACCACCAUCAUCCUCAACAACCACUUCCAUCAUCAGAAUUCGAAUCAUCCAGUUCCAACUCAUGAUAAUAACCACGAAGAAAUCCCCGUCGCUGCUAAAGCCGCCAUGGCUACCGGCAAGCAAAUCUUGGAGAAGCAACAAACGCAAUUCGUCCAGCUCCUCCAUCUCCUUAAGCAAAUUGCCAAGGUCAAUUCUCGCCGCAACAACCUCGCGGAGACCAUCGCCGACCACCGCGCCUCCCUCCGUAGCUUCUUCCAGCGAGCCAUUGCCAAUUUAUCAAACACCUUCCGCUCCUCUCCGCGCCACCACGCUGACGACACCAUUGAAAUCGCCCUCCAGCUCCUCUUACUCGCCUUCAAGAACGUCGACGCGGUGUUAGGCUCGGUGGAGAGUGGCGUGGAGGACCUUAUGGACGACCUGGCUGAGCAAAUGUGUGAUCCAAUGGUGGAGUAUGUGAAGGGGCUUAGGGAUGAUAUGAAGAACGGGACGUGUGUGCGGUUGUUGUCGCUGGUGAAGGAAAUGGAAAGAGUUAUAUAUGAUGGAAGGGUUCAAUUGGAGGAGGCCAAGAACAAACAGAGAGCAGCGGAAGAGACCAAAAUUGAGGCUUUGAAUCGGCUUACAGAAUCUCAACAAAGAGUCAACAAAAUGAAGGAGUGCCUUUGCUUGCUCUCGCUCGCACAAGCUCAAUCACAACACAAAAAUGGAUCUAUUCAACCUGCUGCUGCACAUAAGCUCUUAGGUAAGGUAGAAGAUCAAGCUAGAGAUGAGAAGCUACUGUGGGAACUGUUGGAAAGGAAGAGAAAGAAUCAAGCACCUGAGAGUCCCAUGGGACCAAAAGAGCUUCAGUUCACUGAGCCCAGUAAGAAGCGCAAGGUGAUGCCCUUAAUCAGUCACAAGCCAAUCACUAGGAGUCUUUCAAGAGGACAGAGUCCACACACGCCACACCCAGAUCAUUGGAUACCUUUGGGCACGUCACCUUCGGUGGCUCAGCAAGUUUCACGCAGAUACAUCACUCACUGAGAUCAGCCUUAUAGGUGUAAGUUUGCUGGUGAUUUCGUUAUUGAUGAGUAUCCUUGUCCAUGCGCCAAUAGACCUCUUUUUUUUAUUUACCUUUCUAUGCUAAAUUGUUUACUGCAAUGGAUGCAUGACUAGAAAACUCAGUGACAACUUGGUACAUCUGUAGGUGCAUAGAGAGCAUUUAUUUUUACAUUCUCUCUAAAUUCUGACCGAAUAAUUGUUGUUUAUCCUUUUACCAAUCUCUCUUCAAAGCUUAUGUCUACAGUCAAGGAGCAUCUCUUAGGAAUAAACAUAAACAAAGAGAUUUACCCAAAAACAAUAAAGAAUGUAAUUUCCCAUACCUUGCAGUUGGAGUUAUUGUAAGCCAGUUCACUAUGGUAUGAGAGGGAUUUGAUUUAGCAAUUGUGCUGACAAA